UUACAAGAGAUUACGGUAUUUACAUUGAUAAUGAUUUCUGGUAAGGGAAAAAUUUGUCCAAUUUUUGUAAGUGUGGCGUUUUGUCAAAUUUCUGUAUGUGUGGCAUUUUGUCCAAUUUCUGUAGGUGUGGCGUUUUGUCCCAUUUUUGGAGGUCUGGCGUUUUGUCAAAUUUUAUGUAGGUGUGACGUUUUUUCCUAUUUUUGCCUCUAAG